AUGUUAGCUCGUGCGGCCAAACCGGUCCAUGUCUGCCUGCGAUGCCAGAGAAAUCUUGCCAGGGCCAACUUCAAUUCACCAGGAGCCGCAGAGUCCGUCAACCGUUGUGUACCGCGACGAUGGCAGAGUGCAGCGACACACCCGCUGAUACACGAGGCAGUCGCCGACGACGACAAAGACAAUAAAAAUUUCUCUGAAAGCAAUUUACAACCCGAUCCGACAAGCCCACCUCGGCCCAGUGUCCGACGCCUGAACUUUCGCAAAUGGACGCCCAAACCAACCGCCCAACUCGGUGUCAACUCCCUUGGGAAACCCGCAGAGGUUUUGCUCCUCCCUACGAGAGAUCGGCGAAUACCACAAGUUCCGAAGGACGAAGGAACGGAAAAGAUGCUAGGAAGUACAUUACAGGAGUCCAUCGACUCGGAGAACGUCCCGCUCAGCGGGCAGAAGCUGGCAGAGAACAUUGAGCAGGUUCGUUCCUUGGUUGGCAAGAUGCGCGGACAGCUGGAAAAGCACGAAUGGACAGCCCUGAAAAGGCAUCUGGCCAACGGGUUUCAAAAAGCGCAAUUGAAAAAGUACAUCCGUCUGCGCAAAGGCAACUUCUCUUCGUCAGAGGAUCUCGAUAAGUGCAACAAAAGGGAAAUCAUCAAGUACUUGGUCGAAGAAGUCUGGGGCUUUACUACUCCAGUACAAGAUGAGUCUGCCGCUCCUCCGGGCAAACAGUCGAAGAUGGUCCUCUCUUUGCGGGAACCCGUCAAGCUCGACCACCUGUUGAUGCAUCCUAGUGAGCCUUUGAAAAGAAUCGCCGAGGAGCUAGAUGUUCAAUUCGAUGUUUAUCCGUCUCAAUGCAGGAUUAGAGCGAUGGGAUCCAAAGCCAAUGCUCAGCAAGCACUACAAAGGAUUUCUCGAUACACAAAAAAUCUGGGACAAAUUGUCAUACAACUGAAGGGAUCUCGGUAUGCCAUGUACCAAGACCCCGCUUCGAAGGACUAUCUCAACGCGUACCUGAAAUCGAUCCAACGAAAAUACCAAGGCUUGAAUAUUGGGAUGGACGAGCAAUGCAUCAGAAUUGUCCACCUUGGCAACCCCCGUGGUGCUGAUCAGGCUCGCCGCGAGAUCUUGCUUUCUGUUCCAACAGAGAAUCUUUCAGAGAAGUCAGCCAUCUGGCCACCGAUGGGCAUAUCAGCAACUGCGCUUCAGCCUUUCCCAACUCCGUCCGAAUUUCCUGCGAUAUUACAUCAUUCCCAGUGGGCGAGGCUGGUAUCUAGUUCCCCGAGUUCGAAGACUUCCAAAGCUAUUACUCGCAAGACUGCUGCACUCGCACCACUUCUGCAAGGUUUGCGAGAGACAUUUGACCCAAGCACUAGGAUUCACAAUACAGGCAACCGACAAGAACUCUACUAUGAUAUGGCCGCUAGGUUUGGUCAGGCUUUGAUACAAAAGCUUCCACGAGCAGUUGAAGGUGGUGUCGAUAAAGACACCACUGGCUCAGCGGAGGGGCAGGGUGGGUCGACAAUCGCUAUCCUAGCACGAGGUUGUAAACCUGAAAAGUCUGAGAUUCGCGAGCACAAUCCAUCAACAAAGAACCAACGAGCGGAGGAUGGCUUUUCCCAGGUUCAGAGAAAUGCAUCGAAUGUCGUGAACCAUGAGCCUCAUUCUGACACUACAUCGAAAGCCCAAGAUGCAGAUGGUGAAGAUGAAAGAGAAGCACUAUUAGAGCGGCCAGCCCCAACACAAAAGACUGAAAUGAAACGCUUCGUGGGAGGAGGUCCAUUCCUGGCACAGCACCUUGCGCUCAUGGCAUCCUGGACCCAAGCGCCAUUGGAAGCCUCGAAGGAUGUAGACAAAAAUGCCCGCGCGAUACUGCGCCUGGAGCUCUUACCGAUUUCAACCUCGAAAGGCUUGCCGACUUUUGAAAUAUAUGUUACCGCAGGCGAAUCCGUCGGUGGACAGCGACCUCGACUCAAAAUCAUUCGGGUAGCGGCCAUUCACCAUGAAACUCAUUUUACGGUGCUGUGUCCACAGAACGACAUCGACGUGCAAUUCACUCAGCAGCUCAAGCAAGAUCUCGUAUACCCUGGAUCUGCCGAGACCGACGUUGCGCGACUCUUGAUCAAUGCCUUGCGUGGCUACAUCGGCAAUGCACAAGCCCGCGGUUCGUCAGAUUGGGUGUUUCUACCAUUUCUCACCCUGCAGGUCCAUCACAGUUUGUUGGACGCGCACAAACGCAUCCAGCAUGCUGUCACCCAAAGUGAAGGUACAGGAACUCGAGGCGCGGCGGAGACAGAAAGCAAGAAGAGCACCCCCGGGAUGGUCGAAAAGAAGCACGAAUAUAUUCUCCGAUCAGUGGAUGUUGUUGACGUUGAUUCGCGGCUGUUCUCAGUCCACUCGGCUUCCAAGCUCCCGAAGAACAAGUCUAGCCUCAAUUCAACGUCCAAGCACAGCCCUCAGCCAACAGCAAACUUUUGCUUAGAUCACGUCACGUAUACGGGCGCAGUUGCCACGAGACAAGAGCUUCGCCUCGCAGAGCGACCUUUGCUGUACGCUCCCAACUUGGCGCAGCCGGACUUUCCUACAUUCGUGAAGGCAGCGUUGGAAGUGGCGAAGCGACUGGGUGAGAAUCGUGUGGAGCCAGCUCUUGGCCAGACUUUUCUCUGA